UUGUUCGGUUAUGGCAAUACCUUUUCCUGUAGGACAAUCAUUUGUGACAGGUGCAACUAGAGUCGACGCAAUGCAUAGUGAGAUUUUGGGGAACUUGUGGUAGUUGUGAAAACCAAUGGCCACUCUUGUCGCGUGAAGAAAGGCGGGUUUUAGGGCAGACCUCGGCCCAAUGGAGGCUUGUGGUAGGAGGGCGGCACGUGAGGUGGGCGUGUCCGGAGAAGGCGAUCUUCGCGGCACAUUGAAUCCAACUCGAGGAGUAAUGGCACGAGCCAGUGCUUUACUAUAUUGACAAGCGUUACGCCGCGCGCUCCGGAGACUCCCGGGCAGGCAGCUCAUCCAGUCUUGUGUUUUUAAUCGCAGCAGCACAACGCCACAAGCUCCUGGCGAGGCGUGGAGGAGACUUGGACUACUUGCAAAAAUCACCAGUUAACCCAAAAAAGUCCUCAACUGACUCACUGACAAGCGUUCCAUAUUUUUUUCUUUUUCUUCCUCCAACGGCGCUAGGGGGGUUCGACACCGGACAUGUGAAUUAAAAGGAGUAACUGUCCAUCGCAAACAAUGAAGCAAACAGUUCCCUCGUGUUGCUUGGUCGUUCUCCUGACUUCUCUGCUGUUCCAGGCGACUUCUUCACAAUCAGUGUGUGCCGGCACGGAGAACAAGCUGAGCACGCUGUCAGACCUGGAGCAGCAGUACCGCACCCUGAGGAAGUACUACGAGAACUGUGAAGUGGUGAUGGGCAACCUGGAGAUCACCAGCAUCGACCGGAGCAGGGACCUCACCUUCCUGAGAUCCAUCCGGGAGGUGACUGGUUACGUGCUCGUGGCCCUCAACCAGUUUGACUACCUGCCCCUGGAGAACCUCCGGAUCAUUCGGGGAACCAAACUGUACGAGGACCGCUACUCGCUCGCCGUCUUCCUCAACUACCGACGAGACGGAAACUUUGGUCUCAGACAACUGGGGCUGAGGAACCUUACAGAAAUCCUUGGCGGAGGUGUGUAUGUGGACAAGAACAAGUUCCUGUGCCAUGCCGAUACGAUCCACUGGCAAGACAUAGUGAAGAACCCCAGAAACAACCCUGUGGUAGUCCCCAGCAAUAGCAGUGUGACAUGUCAGAAGUGCCACCGCUCCUGCAAUGGCCGCUGCUGGGGACCUAAGGAGGACCAGUGUCAGAGCUUAACAAAGACAGUGUGUGCUGAGCAGUGUGACGGACGUUGUUUCGGCCCCUAUGUGAGUGAUUGCUGCCAUCGCGAAUGUGCAGGUGGUUGCUUUGGGCCAAAGGACACAGACUGUUUUGCGUGCACCAACUUCAACGACAGCGGGGCGUGUGUGACCCAGUGCCCCCAGCCCUUCCUCUACAACCCCAUCACCUUCCAGCUGGAGCACAACCCUGGGGCCAAGUACACGUACGGGGCCUUCUGUGUAAAGAAGUGUCCCCACAACUUUGUUGUGGACCAGAGCUCCUGUGUGCGAGCAUGCCCUAGUAACAAGAUGGAAGUGGAGCAGAACCGCAUCAAGAUGUGCAUUCCCUGCACUGACAUCUGCCCCAAAGCCUGUGAUGGUAUAGGAACAGCGAGCUUGCAGACAGCCCAGACAGUGGACUCCAGCAACAUUGAUAAAUUUGUCAACUGCACCAAAAUCAAUGGCAACCUGGUCUUCCUCAUCACUGGAAUCAAAGGAGACGUCUACCACAAAAUCGAAGCCUUGGACCCGGAGAAGCUCAACGUGUUCCGCACCGUGCGAGAGAUCACAGGGUUUCUGAACAUCCAGUCUUGGCCUGACAACAUGACAGACUUAAGUGUCUUCUCCAACCUUGUGACCAUCGGUGGGCGAGCUCUUUAUAGUGGCAUCUCCCUCCUGGUGUUGAAGCAACAGGGCAUCUCGUCCCUGCAGCUCCAGUCCCUGGACGAGAUCAGCGCCGGGAACGUCCACAUCGCCGAGAACAGCCGGCUCUGCUACUACGACACCGUCAACUGGACCAGCCUGUUCCGCGCCCCCAACCAGAAGUUCCUCAUCCGCAACAACCGCAGCCCGCACGAGUGCACUAAGCAUCGCAUGGUGUGCGACCCCCUGUGCUCGGACGCUGGUUGCUGGGGUUCCGGACCGGACCAGUGCCUGACCUGCAGGUUCUUCAGCCGGGGACGGACCUGUGUGGAGACAUGCAACCUGUAUGAAGGGGAUAUGAGAGAGUAUGCCAAUGCCUCUGUGUGUGUGGAGUGUGACGGCCAGUGUGAGCAGGCAGACGAUGACUCUUUGACCUGUCAUGGCCCGGGUGCGGACCACUGUGUGAGAUGCCUCCACUUCAAGGACGGCCCCAACUGUGUGGAGAAGUGUCCUGACGGCCUGCAGGGUACCAACAGCUUCAUCUUCAAGUACGCAGAGGCCAACGACGAGUGUCACCCCUGCAACGCCAACUGCACCCAGGGGUGCAUUGGUCCAAGGUUGCAAGAUUGCAUUGGCUGGAUGGACAGGACACCGCUGAUCGCAGCCGGGGUGAUCGGGGGGCUGUUCGUGGUGGUCAUCGUGGGGCUGACCGUGGCCGUGUCCGUGCGUCGGAAGAGCAUCAAGAAGAAACGGGCGCUCCGUCGCUUCCUGGAAACCGAACUGGUGGAGCCGUUGACGCCCAGCGGGACCGCACCCAACCAGGCUCAGCUGCGCAUCCUCAAAGAGACGGAGCUGAAGCGAGUCAAGAUCCUGGGCUCCGGCGCGUUCGGCACCGUUUACAAGGGCAUUUGGGUCCCAGAAGGCGAGACGGUGAAGAUUCCCGUUGCAAUAAAGAUUCUGAGUGAGGCAACAGGACCUAAGGCCAACGUUGAGUUCAUGGAUGAGGCCCUGAUCAUGGCCAGCAUGGAGCAUCCCCACCUGGUGCGUCUGCUGGGGGUGUGUCUGAGCCCCACCAUCCAGCUGGUCACCCAGCUCAUGCCCCACGGCUGCCUGCUCGACUACGUCCACGAGCACCAGGACAACAUCGGCUCCCAGCUGCUGCUCAACUGGUGUGUCCAGAUCGCCAAGGGGAUGAUGUACCUGGAGGAGCGCAGACUGGUGCACCGGGACCUGGCAGCGCGGAACGUCCUUGUGAAAUCCCCCAACCACAUCAAGAUCACCGACUUCGGCCUGGCGCGUCUGCUGGACGUCAACGAGAAGGAGUACAACGCAGAUGGAGGCAAGAUGCCCAUCAAAUGGAUGGCCCUGGAGUGUAUUCACUACAGGAAAUUCACACACCAGAGCGACGUGUGGAGCUACGGGGUGACCAUCUGGGAGCUGAUGACCUUCGGGGGUAAGCCGUACGACGGGGUCUCCACCCGGGACAUCCCAGAUCUGCUGGAGAAGGGAGAACGGCUGCCUCAGCCGCCCAUCUGCACCAUCGAUGUCUACAUGGUCAUGGUCAAAUGCUGGAUGAUCGAUGCAGACAGUCGGCCUAAGUUUAAAGAGCUUGCAGCGGAGUUCUGUCGAAUGGCACGCGACCCACAGAGAUACUUGGUCAUUCAAGGCGACGACCGCAUGAAGCUGCCAAGCCCAAAUGACAGCAAGUUCUUCCAGAGCCUCCUGGAAGAGGACGAACUUGAGGACCUUAUGGAUGCCGAGGAGUACCUGGUGCCCCACAACUUCAACGUGUCCUCGUUGGCCUACGCGCCCCGUACACGCAUGGACUCCAACAGGAACCAGUUCAGCUACCAGGACGCCAGCUUUAGCAUGGAAGAGAUGCUGGCCACCUUGCCCAGGGUGGUGUCAGUAUCUGCUGUGUCGGGUGGCUGCCUGACAGCCCUGGACCCAUCAGCCCCAUCUCAAGGGACGCAGGGUGGGGGUGCUGGUAGCAGUGGAGCCCAGGAGGACCCGCGAUGUAAUGGCACCCUGAGGAAACAGCCAUCUCCGAGGCUUAGCACCAACGUGGCUGGGACAACCCUGGCUCCCGGACAAGGGGGAGGAGAGGAUAGCAUCGGGCAGCGCUACAGUGCAGAUCCGACCGGCAUUUUGGGGGGUCGUGCAGCAAAAAUAAACCAGGAUGGCACCAUGACUAUCAGGAAGGACAAACUUAACUCAUCAGACUAUCUCAACCCCGUAGAAGAGAACCCCUUCGUCACUCGUCGCCGCAACGGGGAGGCCCACUCGGUCGGAGCGGGUUACCACACCGUCCAUAUGGCCGGGGCUGCAGCCGCCGCCGCCGCCGCCGCCGCUGCACCACCCAAAAGCCAGGCCUCCAUGGUGGAUGACGAAUACGUCAACGAACCACUGUACCUCAACACCUUCCACAAACCAGGGGAGAAGAACGGCCCCGCCGGGGUGCUCUCCAUCUCCGCCCAAGGCCCCUUGACUGCCGCUGCGUCCUCCUCCCUUCAGAUGGUCCUCCCGUCCACGUCGGGACACGCGCUUUCCCCCGCCGAGUAUGUGGUGGCCCCCCCCGGACACCCUGCCCAUAUGGCGUACCCCUCGCACACUCUGCAUCCCGGGCACUCUGGACACGCCCUGCACUCGGGCAUUACCGGCGGGACCAUCGCGGUGGACAAGAAGGGCAAGAAAGCCACGUUUGACAAUCCUGAAUACUGGCAGCACAGCCUACCCCAGAAGGCCUCCAUGCACAAUCCGGAAUACCUGCAAGACUGCAGCACGCGCUUCUUCUACCGGCAAAACGGACGCAUUCGGCCUGCCGUUGCUGAAAACCAGGAGUACCUGUCAGAGUUUGCCCUUAAACCGGGAAACGUGCUGCCACCCCCUCCAUACAGACAGAGGAACACUGUGGUUUAAGCCAGUGUGUACAAAGUGACACAGAGGAUAAGGGGUGGAAUGAACUCUGUAAAGUUCCCAUGGUCCAAUGCGGUGAUGAUCACUUGGUUUCCCAGUAUAAGCAAGCAGACCUUCUUGGCCACCGUGUUACUACGUUCAGCCAUUCCAGUUCCAGAGACACCUCUCUCACUCUUUUCAUCACUUUCUCCCCUUUUGCUCUCCUGCCUCCUCUGAACUGGAUCAAAAACUAUAGCCAUUGGAAGCCUAUUUUAUUGUAAGUGAGAUCAUGUCAGUCAGAUAUAUCUUCUGCAAAGGCGGUUGGUAUCUCGGGGCUUGUCCUUUUCUGGGAGAAAGCAUGAAUAAAGGCACCAUCUUUACCAGCGAUUCGCAAUGCACAGCACAAUGGCCGGGCGUGUGGAUAAAAAAAGACAAAGACGAACACAAACUGAGCAGGCGUAGGGCUGGGGCAUCUGGCAGUGUCACAUGGCAGGGUGGGUUAUCAGUUCUGGAAACCGCAUUGCUUCAGACACUUUUCCUUCACAGUUUCCUUCACAAUCUGUCAGGUUUAGCUGUUGAGCAACAUAAACAGUCCAUUACUGGUUGGUGGUCCAUUUUUUCUGACGGGGGGCAAUCAGCACACAAAGCUGUUGUUGUUUACAGCUCAUCAAACACAUAGCUUGACACGUGCACGGUGAGCUGCGUCGUGACUUUGUGCCAAACGGCCGCCCAGCUGCGUUAUCAUUUUACGGGCCUGCGUCCUGCCCCACAUGCGUCUGUGAUGUUUACAUGCUCCAGGCCUCUCGCUGCACCGGCAGUGAGAAUUCAUCCAUUCAUCACACACACCUCAUUUAAUUUUUUUACUUGGUCGGCCCCCCCAGAGUAAACCAAUUUCCGCGUGUGCCACCUUGAAUCACAAUUAUAAAAUCACCACCACACUAAUUCAAUAUAGAUUGAUUUAAACGUACACACACACCCACACUAGCGCACACAUAGAUAAACCCCCACCCGCCGUUGAAUUAGGCAGGGGGGAGAAAGGGGCUGUUGGCUAACCUUGUGCUGAGAAGCAGCCUUGAUAACGGCCACGCAGUCAGGCAGCGCAGAAGAGGGGCCCAGACAAUGUCAGCUGGAAAGUAAA